CGCGUUUCCGCACGAACAGCGAAUAUUGCGGCACCAUCUUCACCAUGAGUGCACUACAUAGGGUCUGACGUCACGAUGUUAAACGGUUCCUUUAGUGUACUCUGAGUGGCAAAGGGAGUGAUUUGGGACCCGACAAGGGGUUCGCGCUUGCUUGGUAUUUCGAAUGCAUCAAGGUUCCCUGCAUGCGAUGCAGCACAGUGGUACUCCAGCUCCGUUUCACUGGCAGCGCAGCGACAACUCAUUUGCCUUUAACUUCUCUCCAGAUCCCACGCCUGUCUCGUCCCAGGGCGUCAUGAACCCUAAUGAGGCACCCACAGGACAAGCCACGGAUUUAGAAGUUGGCUCGGGUUUUGCUUUCAACUUCCAGAUCCCUGUGAAAACGGAGCGGGAGAGUGACCCGGGACCUGACACAGGGAAAUCAGCAAAGAGCGAAGUGGCUCGGGAUUUGGGGGAGAGUGCGGAUUUAAAACCUAAAGCCAAGAACAAAAAGAAAAAGAAACCAGCAGCAGGUGGAGGAGAGAAAGCUGUACAGGAGAAGGGGAGUAAUCUAAGAGAAGAAGCGCCCAAGCAGGAGAAAACUGAACUGACUCCAGAGGAGCAGCUGAGGCGAGAGCUGGACUGGUGUAUUGAGCAGCUGGAAUUGGGACUGAGGAUGCAAAAAUCUUCCACCAAACAAAAAGAGGAAGCCUGCCGUGCUUUAAAGACUCUGCGCAGCUCCAAAGCACCAAUGGUGAAGAAGAGGCAGGUGAUGAGAGCUGUGUCUGGAGAUUACCGCAAAAAGAUGGAACAGGAAAGAGAGAGACAGUUCAAACUCAUCCAUUCAGCGAUGUCCUCAGCGAAGGUGACUCAAGUGUCAGAGCCUCGCUGUAAAGCAGUGUACCACCGGCGUUCCGAGCCUCACACACCUCCAGCACACAGCACAGCCUCGACCGAGGUGUCACUUCCUACUCAGCAGUCAGGAGGGGACGGGGACGGGGUCGGGGACAGAUUUGUGUUCAAACCAUCAGGAGGAGAGUUUCGCUUCAACUUCAGCAUCUGAUCAUUGUCUCUGAGGGGAGAAAACCCAAACACACACACACUGUGUGACUGUACAAAGGAGUAUUUUUUAUAACAUGAGGUGGACAUUGUUCAAUAAAGUUUCAAUAAAAAUCC